AUGAGAAGAUUGCGAAUUGAUGAAGAAGCAUCACCAGAUGACGGACUACCGCCAAUAGUGUGCGUCAAAUGUCGCGAUCAGUUAGAUUCGUGUCAUCGGUUUCGUCAAGUUGCACAUCAGACACAUAAAACUCUCGUCGAUUAUUUGCAAUUUACCUCAAAUUUAAAUGGCACACCACAGGUGAGUUAA